AUGAUUCAUGUCGCGCAGAACACAGGGGUUCCCGUACCUAAAGUUUUUGCAUAUUAUACGUACGGUCCAAUUGAUCGUGAUGAUGGCGAUUACGGAGGCCUUUACGAUACCUACAUCUUCAUGGAUUUCGUUACCGGUGAAACGCUCGACAUAGCCUGGGACACUUCCGGCGUCUCCACCAAAUCCCAUAUUUCAAGACAACUUGCAAGCUAUAUCCAAGAGCUCCGUGAUAUGGGGAAUGUUGUUUACAUUGGCUCCAUAGAUCAUGGCCCUGUUACUGACCACAGUUUAUCGACCUCUGUUGACAAAGGCCCAUUCGAGUCGGAGCAAGACUUUAACAGGGCUCUCAUCAAGGCCUAUCAAAAGAGUGCGCCAAAACGCCACAUCGGAACUUUUCUCAGUGGAAUGCUUCCUCAAUCCCACCGCAUCUUAUUCACACAUGGUGAUAUCCGGCCUCAGAAUGUUAUGGUGAAAGAUGGAAAUGCGAUGGCUAUUAUAGACUGGGAGCUAAGUGGUUGGUAG